CAUUGGUACUUCAUCACCGUUCUCUUUCACAAAUGGUAAUAGACACUUCGUGUCUGAUGUUACCUGAGGUGACAAUCAUGACACAGAACUUGGUUGAAAGUUUAGGAACUUGGUAACAUGAAGGGAGAAAAAAAAAGAUGGCAGCAAACAGAACAGUCAGUGAAAUGUUUGAUUUGCUAAGAAGAGAAGUACCAGAUAUUCCAGAUUCUCAACAUAGAACUAGUUCAAAUCAAGGCCAGACGGCAGACCAGAGAUCAGUUGCUGAUUUAAUAAACUCAUUCCGCCAAGUAGUAGAUAAUGCUUCAAAUAGUUGCCCGCAGUCUCGCCCAGUUAUCUCAUCAGUACCAGAUAGGCAUUCUGUAGCGACAUCCAAUCAUGGUUCUUAUAGAGCACAAGCCAGGAUUGAGACACCAGAUCCUCCCAAUUCUCAACAUGGAACUAGUUCAAAUCAAGGCCAGACGCCAGACCAGAGAUCAGUUGCUGAUUUAUUAAACUCAUUCCGCCAAGUAGUAGAUAAUGCUUCAAAUAGUUGCCCGCAGUCUCGCCCAGUUAUCUCAUCAGUACCAGAUAGGCAUUCUGUAGCGACAUCCAAUCAUGAUUCUUAUAGAGCACAAGCCAGGAUUGCGACACCAGAUCCUCCCAAUUCUCAACAUGGAACUAGUUCAAAUCAAGGCCAGACGCCAGACCAGAGAUCAGUUGCUGAUUUAUUAAACUCAUUCCGCCAAGUAGUAGAUAAUGUUUCAAAUAGUUGCCCGCAGUCUCGCCCAGUUGCCUCAUCCAGACAAGGAGGUUCUCAAUCCGCUAGCAUUCCUGGACCAAGCCGUUACAGAGCUACAUCUAGGACAUUAGAUGCUGAGAGGAAGGCAGCUUUCAGCCCUUACCAACACAGAGCGAAAGGUAGCAAUAUUAAGAAGCAACAUUCCCUCAAUGAGACAUUCCACAAAGAGGUUAUUCUUCUCCCCAGUAAAAAAAGAUCUCGAGUUCUCACACCAACAGAAAGAGAGCUUUAUCAGCAGAAGGAGUUAAUUGUUAAUAUUGUCGAGUUUUCAAAAAGUUUUUCCAAAGAUCAAGUCAUUGAAAAAUUAAGAAAGCCUUUCGUCACAAAACUCAUGGGCCAUGGCAUAACCGUCCUAAGACCCAUUCGCAGUACCCUUUUCGAACCCGCAUUAGAGUUUGGGCAAUCUCUGAAUGGAGACAUCUUGAAGAAGCUGUUUCAUCAAAAGCCAAUUUAUAUUAGGCCACACGCAAAUAUUCAUCAAUAUUGCGGUAUUGAUCCACAGUCUGAUGAUGAUGGUGGUGAAGAAGAAGAUCCUGAUGAUCCGAUGUCUGACUCAUCUCGUAGCUGCUCCCAAAUUUUUUUGGCUCCUUCGACCCGCAGAUAUUCUCCACCUCCACAACAGGAAUCUUGUAACUCUCCGGAAAUGAAUUUGCCUAGCGACACCCAUGAAAUAGCUGACUGUCAACGACUCUCCGCCUGUCCCGUCUCACGCCCAGCCAUUGGUCAAUGACGUCACACCUAAGCUGAACGGUGAUUGGGGGAGGCGGUGAGCCGGAUGACGCCGCGAGUAUUGUGGAGUUCUCCUCACUUUUUUAGGCCAUCUUUCUUUAAAACGUUUUAUCUCGAAAGGAUGCUGUCACGGCAUCUAGUCUUUUUAUCCAUUUCCAUCCACCACAUUUGUGUUUUCCAUAUUCAGAAUAUAUCACCUUCGUUUCUCGCA